AUGAAGAAUUCGAAUUUGGAAUAUGAACUACUAGCCAAAUGUGAGUAUUUCAAUCCUGGUGGUUCUGUGAAAGAUCGAAUUGCCCACCGGAUUGUAGAAGAUGCUGAAAAAGCAGGAAUACUGAAACCAGGCGCUACAAUAAUUGAACCCACUUCUGGAAAUACUGGUAUUGGUCUCGCACUUGCAGCUGCUGUUAAAGGGUACCGUUGUGUGAUAGUUAUAUCCGAGAAGAUGUCAAAUGAAAAAGUGGAUGUUCUUAAAGCUCUUGGUGCCGAAGUGGUCAGAACUCCUAUCUCAGCUAGUUCCGAUUCACCUGAAGGACUAUUUGGCGUAACUAACAGACUGAAGAAUGAAAUUCCCAACUCUAUUAUUCUCGACCAAUACAGUAAUCCUGGAAAUCCUUUGGCGUAUUAUGAUACAACUGCUGAGGAAAUAUUGGAUCAAUGUGAUAGUAAAAUCGAUAUGAUUGUACUUGGUACUGGUACAGGUGGCACCAUGACAGGAAUUGGAAGAAAGAUCGAAGAAAAAUCACCAAACACAAUCGUUGUAGGUGUUGAUCCUGAAGGUUCCAUUUUAGCACUGCCUGAAGAAGAAGAAGAAGGCUUGGAUAGUGCAACUUCAUUAAUUCAAGCAGCCAAAAAUUUGAUGAAUGCAGUUGUAUUGACUGUUAAGGCCUCUUACGUGGCAUCAACGAAAUACCCAAGACAAACUGGAACUGUGGCGUCUCCGAUUGUGGUUUGGAAGAUGAAAGCACCGGAGAAAAAACCUUUGGUAAGACCAGAAAAACCAGAAGAAGUUCGAGCCAAGGUGAGAAAAGGCUCACAGAAGAAGGUUCAAAACCCUAUUCAUGCACUGUCAGAGUUUCAGAGUGCAACUGAAUCGAUAUAAUUUCCCAUGAUGAAAAUAUUCUCGAGAGUAGAAAUUGGUACUUGGUACUGGUACAGGUGGCACCAUGACAGGAAUUGGAAGAAAGAUCGAAGAAAAAUCACCAAACACAAUCGUUGUAGGUGUUGAUCCUGAAGGUUCCAUUUUAGCACUGCCUGAAGAAGAAGAAGAAGGCUUGGAUAGUGCAACUUCAUUAAUUCAAGCAGCCAAAAAUUUGAUGAAUGCAGUUGUAUUGACUGUUAAGGCCUCUUACGUGGCAUCAACGAAAUACCCAAGACAAACUGGAACUGUGGCGUCUCCGAUUGUGGUUUGGAAGAUGAAAGCACCGGAGAAAAAACCUUUGGUAAGACCAGAAAAACCAGAAGAAGUUCGAGCCAAGGUGAGAAAAGGCUCACAGAAGAAGGUUCAAAACCCUAUUCAUGCACUG